UGCUUUCUGUUGAAUUCCAAACAGGUUGAGGACUUGAAGAUGAAGGUAGUUGAACUGAAUGGAAAGUUCAGGAAGCCCGUUCUGAAGAAAGUACGCAUGUCUGCUGAUGCUAUGCUCCAGGCUCUGCUGGGCUCCAAACACAAGGUGUCCAUGGAUCUGAGGUCCAACCUGAAGCAAGUCAAGAAGGAGGUCAAGGAAGAGGACAAAGAUGCUGUGGGUGACUGGCGUAAGAACAUCGAAGACAAAUCAGACAGAAAGAAGAUGUUUGAGACUCAUAAGGAGUAG